AUGUAUGGGGGAGGCAGUACUGAGGAGGGAGACUACCACGGACGGGAGAUGGUGUGCCAGGCCAGUGCACAUGAAAAAUCUCACAUUGGAGAGACACCUUAUGAAUGUAAGGAAUGUGGGAAAGCCUUCACUCAUGCUGCAGCCCUGUCUUCUCAUACAAAAAUUCACAGUGGAGAGAGGCCGUAUGAGUGUAAGGAAUGUGGGAAAGCCUUUAUUACAUCCUAUAACCUCACUCAGCAUAUAAGAACUCACAGUGGAGAGAAGCCUUAUGAAUGUAAGGAAUGUGGGAAAACUUUUGCUCGGUCUGACACCCUUACUAAACAUAUCCGAUCUCACACUGGAGAGAAACCUUAUGAAUGUAAAGAGUGUGAGAAAGCCUUUAGUUGUUCCUCAAAGCUCACAGAACAUACAAGAUGCUUCAACAUCCAUAAAAAAAUUCACAGUGGAGAGAAGCCUUAUGCAUGUGAUGAGUGUGGAAAAGCCUUUCGUUACUCGUCAAGCCUCACUGCCCAUAAACGAUCUCACAGUGGAGAGAAGCCUUAUGACUGUAAUGAGUGUGGAAAAGCCUUUCGUUACUCCUCAAGCCUCACUGCCCAUAAACGAUCUCACAGUGGAGAGAGGCCUUACGAAUGUAAAGAAUGUGGGAAAGCCUUUUUUCAGUCCUCAGGCCUCAGUACACAUAUGACAUCUCACAGAGCAGACAGGCCUUAUGAAUGUAAGGAAUGUGGGAAAGCCUACAAAACCUCCUCAGGCUUCAACAUCCAUAAAAAAAUACACAGUGGAGAGAAGCCUUAUGAAUGUGAUGAGUGUGGAAAAGCUUAUCGCCACUCCUCAACCCUUACUUCCCAUAAACGAUCUCACAGCGGAGAGAGACCUUAUGACUGUAAACUGUGUGGGAAAGCCUUUAUUCAAUCCUCACACCUCGGUGUACAUAUGAGAUCUCACCUUGGAGAGAAGCCUUAUGAAUGUAAGGUCUGCGGGAAAACCUUUACUUAUUCUGGAAACCUCAAAGUACAUCAAAGAUAUCACAAUGGAAACAGACCUUAUGAGUGUAAGCAUGCUAGCAUCCACAGUCUCCUCAAACCACUGGCUCUGGCUCUCAAACUGCUCUCUAAAGUCACCAAUGACUUUGAAGGCUGA